AUGGUGCUGCUGCUGGUCAUCCUCAUCCCGGUGCUGGUCAGCUCGGCCGGCACCUCGGCGCACUACGAGAUGCUGGGCACCUGCCGCAUGGUCUGCGACCCUUACGGCGGCACCAAGGCGCCCAGCACGGCGGCCACGCCCGACCGCGGGCUCAUGCAGUCCCUGCCCACCUUCAUCCAGGGGCCCAAGGGGGAGGCCGGCCGGCCGGGCAAAGCGGGGCCGCGGGGCCCGCCGGGGGAGCCGGGGCCGCCCGGCCCGGUGGGGCCGCCGGGUGAGAAGGGCGAGCCGGGGCGGCAGGGCCUGCCGGGCCCCCCCGGGGCGCCGGGGCUGAACGCCGCGGGGGCCAUCAGCGCCGCCACCUACAGCACCGUCCCCAAAAUCGCCUUCUACGCCGGCCUCAAGCGGCAGCACGAGGGCUACGAGGUGCUCAAGUUCGACGACGUGGUCACCAACCUCGGCAACCACUACGACCCCACCACCGGCAAGUUCACCUGCUCCAUCCCCGGCAUCUACUUCUUCACCUACCAUGUGCUCAUGCGGGGCGGCGACGGCACCAGCAUGUGGGCCGACCUCUGCAAGAACAACCAGGUUCGAGCUAGUGCGAUUGCUCAGGAUGCAGAUCAGAACUACGACUAUGCCAGUAACAGCGUGGUUCUUCACUUGGAGCCAGGAGAUGAAGUUUACAUUAAAUUAGAUGGAGGAAAAGCACAUGGAGGAAACAACAACAAAUACAGCACAUUUUCUGGAUUUAUUAUUUAUGCUGACUGAUAAUGAGUAAAAGGACCCACCAAACCAGUCGAGAAAUGAAGCCUGCUCUUCUAAGCGAUGGAUUUGCGUGGCAAAAGUCAAUGAAACAAGCACCCCAGCAGAGAGUGACACCGAGCACCUCAGCAGAGGGGGAAAAAGUCGAAUGCUACCUGAUUCACAUCUGUACAACACAGAGAAACCUUAUGUUAAAAAACCACAAACCAAGUUAAACAGAUGUGCGAUCCACUUCCGCCAAAGCAAAUACUUCCUCAUUGUUAGUGUCCAUGUGAAUGAAGUUCUACAUAGAGCAAAUUUUUAUAGGGAAGAAAAGCCCACCUAAGGACGCUGAGUUAUUUCUUCAGUGUAUAUGAUACUUUGAUGUGUUAUGAUCUUGCUGCUUUAUCCAUACUUCAGCUUUGGUUCUUGUGACUUACCUGCUAACAAUGAUGCUUGGAGUCCACUCACAGUGUGGUGAGGAAUGAUUUUACAAUAAAAGGAAGAGGUAAUCAAAAUAUACUUUCUCUCUGCAAAGAAAUUGUUUUCCUUGUACUUUUCUUACCCUUCCACUUAAAACUAGAAACUAAUCAGCUUCAGGCCUUAACUCAAUGUUCCUGCUUUGUAGGUAUACAUUAGACUUUUAACAUUAAAUCAAUCCAGGGGAGUUAUUUAAAUUUUGUCUUUCCCUUAGCUGUCCUCUAAAAGCAAAAGAAAGACAGGAGGAACACUAUUUUCCCCUGAAAAAUAAAACAGUUGACAAAUUAUUCUAUUGGACCAUAUCCCUGAUUCCACCAAAGCAAAUGACAAAACUCUCAUUGCUAUUAGUGGAAAAGGGAUAUCGUUUUUAAUCUGUAUCCAUGUAAAUAUAUAUUUAGACAAUUAUUACAGGCCCAUUCUUGAUGGUUAGUUGUGUAAAUACUUAGAAAGCCUGGCAUCCACACCAUCAGACUAAGGCAGAGUGUUUUCUUUGCAGCAAUUACUCUUCAUUAGUCUUUUAGCACUUAGUCUGUACCUGGGUUCUAUUUUUAAUAACGUAGUUAUGGAUUAAUAUACUGCAGACGUUCCACUAGAAUUUCAUAGGAAUAUAAUGGGUCAAAACCUUAAUUGUCUUUAGGUGUCUUGUCUCACUGCAGUCAGUGGGAUUUUUCCAACAAAGGAAGAGUAAGAGACCUGACACAUGAGAAAAUGCUGUCACACAGACCUUUUCCAUGGAAGCUAGUACCAGUUUGUGGUAAGGUGUGCCUAUGAGAUGGACACAGAGAAGCAUAUUACCAAAAAUGAUAACACAUAUGCAAAGAAAGAAGCAGAUAUUUACA